UAUUAGUCGCGCGAAUUGCGUUGUGUCCAAAUGCCGUGCUAAACCUACGCGCGCGGUGCAGACUUUGCAAAAAAAAAAAGAGAGAGAAAGAGAGAGAGAGUUUUGUUUAAUCGUUUCCAAUUACGCACGUGUUGUCAUUCCAUGUACGUCACAUCAAUGACAUCGCAUUCUUAAUAAAUGCGCCCCGCCCGCGUAUCGUACUAUCAGUGUAAGAACCUCGAGAUACAUGAUAUUGGUGACUAAACAACAUCCAAUCUACAUAAAAGAAGACUUAACCUCAGUUUCCAAGAAAUUCCACGUAGCAAAUACGUACAAUGUACGUUAACUGAUUUAAUCUCAAAUGAAAACGCUCGACAUGCUCCCUGUUAAAAAUAUAGACACAUUGUUAAUGCAAACAUAUGGCCCCGAUUUUCGAAUACACGAUGUGGAAUGGAAACAUUUAACAGAUCCGGGAGAAAACUUUGGUAGUAUAAUAUUGGCUGUCAAUAUCAAUGCCGAGCACAAUGAUAAGAAGAGAACUCUAAACGUGGUUGUUAAACUACCGCCGAGGUCGGCAUAUUUGCUAGAGUUGUUUGACAGUCCAUUAACAUUCAAGAAAGAACUGGAAUUUUAUAGCAUGGUAGCACCAGAAUUUUUGAAGUUGCAAAAUGAAAGCGGAAUCCCUCGGGAAUCCCUAAGCGUCAUCGUACCGCAAUUUUUAGGCGGUAGAUUAGGUUUACGAGAUCCGCAGUGUUUCGAUGAACAGGCCGCUAUCGUUUUAGAAAAUCUAAAGAGUUACAAUUAUAUAACGCAAGAUCGAAUUGUAGGUCUAGAUAAAGUGCACAUGAACUUUGCGAUCAACCAUUUAGCCAAGUUACACGCCAUAGCAAUCGGCCUGAAGCUCAAGAAAUCCGAAUUCUUCAAAAAAACGGUACUAUCUUGUCUAGAAUUCAACUUACAAGAAGUUACGGAAAAAGCGACGGUAGAUAUGGUACAGAAGGCGCAUAAUGAUUAUAAAAAUAUGGAAGAAGCGAAAGCUUAUCUAGAUAGAAUCGAGAAAACAAUCGAAUAUGGAUUUACACAAACUGUAACGCCGAAAGAACCGUGGGCGACACUAGUGCAUAACGAUUUUUGGGUAAAUAACAUGAUGUUCAAAUACGAUGAAUCAGAUAAGCCGAUCAAUAUGAAAAUUGUGGACUUCCAAUUGACAGUUUAUGACUACGGUGUAAACGAUCUCAUAUUUUUCCUCAUAUCAAGUUCCCAGAAGGAGGUACUCAAUAAUUAUCUUGACAAUAUGAUUGAUUUUUAUUACGAUUCUUUCAUCGAGAGUUUAAAAUCGUUAAAUGUAGACACAAACGCAUUUCCCAAGAGCCAAUUUAUAGAGCAAUUGAAUCAAUGUGCACCCAUCAAAUUUAACCAGUGCAUCAUGAUGGUGCAAGUAAUACAAGCAGCGCGUGGCUCCGUUUCACAAACGGCGGCCGAAGAUGCGGACGAAAGCGUUUUUGCAGGUGGGAUCGAUGACGAUAAUUACAAACAAAAAAUGUUACACGUCUUAUAUAUGUUCGAUCGAAAGGGAUGGCUUGUAAAAUGAUUAGACGUAAACUUCUAUCCAUAGUAAAUUAAUCCUUUAGAAAGUCUUUCUAUUUCUUGAUAUAAAAUAAAUAAUUAUUGUAUAGUAAGAUGAACAAACGUCCAAAAUUAGGUGACAC